AUGUGGAAAGAACGCUGGCAGAAAGGUGAAAAAAUGGGUGUUAAAACAUUCACUCAUAAUUCCCCUGCUCACAGUCAGGAGAUGCUGGGAAAGCUGAACAUGCUCCGCAAUGAUGGACAUUUUUGUGAUAUCACCAUCCGCGUCCAGGACAAAAUCUUCAGGGCGCACAAGGUGGUUUUGGCAGCCUGCAGCGACUUCUUCCGUUCCAAACUCGUUGGCCAAGCAGAAGACGAGAGCAAGAGCGUGUUAGACCUGCACCAUGUGACAGUGACUGGUUUUAUACCUCUUCUUGAAUACGCUUACACAGCAACACUAUCUAUUAAUACAGAAAACAUUAUUGAUGUGUUGGCUGCAGCCAGCUACAUGCAGAUGUUCAGCGUUGCUAGCACGUGCUCCGAAUUCAUGAAGUCCAGCAUUUUAUGGAAUACGCCCAACAGCCAGCAAGAGAAGGUGCUGGAUGCAGGACAGGAGAACAGCGCAAACUGCAAUUUUACUUCUCGAGAUGGCAGCCUUUCUCCAGUUUCUUCUGAGUGCAGUGUAGUGGAAAGAACCAUUCCUGUUUGCCGAGAGUCGCGAAGAAAGCGCAAAAGCUACAUAGUUAUGUCUCCCGAGAGCCCCCUUAAGUGUAACACACAAACAAGUUCCCCCCAAGUGCUAAAUCCUUCGACUUCUUACCCGGAGUCCAGAAAUCAGCCCGUGGACUCGUCCUUAGCUUUUCCCUGGACUUUUCCUUUUGGAAUUGAUCGAAGACUUCAAUCUGAGAAGGUGAAGCAGGCAGAGAACUCUAGGACUUUGGAAAUGCCUGGGCCCUCCGAGUCCAACAGAAGAAUUGCAGAUUACGUGACUUGUGAGAGCACAAAAGCCAGUUCUCCACUUGUGAUUGAAGAGGACGUGCGCGUCAAAGUGGAAAGGUUAAGCGAUGAGGAGGUUCACGAGGAAGUAUCGCAGCCUGUUAGCGCAUCCCAGAGCUCUCUGAGCGAUCAACAGACAGUCCCAGGAAGCGAGCAAGUGCAGGAAGAUCUCCUGAUCAGCCCACAGUCUUCCUCUAUAGGCUCAAUAGAUGAGGGGGUUACGGAGGGAUUACCCACACUCCAAAGUACCUCUGGCACUAACGCUCAUGCAGAUGAUGAUGAUCGUUUGGAGAACGUUCAGUAUCCCUACCAACUCUACAUUGCUCCUUCUACCAGCAGCACAGAGAGACCCAGCCCAAAUGGUCCAGACAGACCUUUUCAGUGUCCAACCUGCGGGGUCCGGUUCACUCGCAUUCAGAACUUAAAACAACACAUGCUUAUCCACUCAGGCAUUAAACCAUUUCAGUGUGACCGCUGUGGGAAAAAGUUCACCCGAGCUUACUCGCUAAAGAUGCAUCGCCUGAAGCACGAAGGUAAACGCUGUUUCCGGUGCCAGAUAUGUAGUGCCACUUUCACUUCCUUCGGGGAAUAUAAACACCACAUGCGGGUUUCCCGGCAUAUUAUCCGCAAGCCUCGGAUUUACGAGUGCAAAACAUGUGGCGCCAUGUUCACCAACUCUGGAAAUUUAAUCGUUCACCUGAGGAGCUUGAACCAUGAAGCGUCAGAGCUAGCAAACUACUUCCAGAGCAGUGACUUCCUAGUACCGGACUACUUAAACCAGGAACAAGAAGAGACCCUCGGGCAGUAUGAGCUAGGGGAGCAUGGCUUUGAAAGCAACUCUUCUGUCCAAAUGCCUGUCAUUUCACAGGUGUCGUCAACUCAGAAUUGUGAAAGCACUUUCCCCUUGGGGUCUCUGGGUGGGUUGGCAGAGAAGGAAGAAGAUGUGCCAGAGCAGCCAAAGACUAACGCCACUGCUGAGGCAGCCGCAGGUGACCCUCCGAAACCGGAGCUGUCAUCUAUUACUAUUGAAUAAUUCAUGGUUUGGUUUCAUUUUUGUUCUUUGGAAAGUGCCUGUGUUUGGUCCUGUACAUUUUAAUUUAAUUUUUUUAAACAAAAGUGGGGAGAUUUUCCCUUUUUACUUUGUAAGCUACGCUUUAAACAGAAAACUGCAACAGAUGUUACAUUAUUUUUCAUGACUGAAUGAUCACUUCUGUGAAAAUAUUUAAGACUGAAUGCACAAAAAGAUCUUGUCAGAACAUCAUGGAAGCUGUGAUACACUUCUAAAGAAGAACAACCGAUUCAGAUCACUUUAACUAUUUCUUCUUCCACAGUUAGAGCAGCUCAUUAAGUUUCUCUUGCUUCUGCAGACCCUCUGGUUAAGGGAAAGAAAUCAGAGGAAACCUUUUUAAAAUGACAAACAAAAGGAUGCAUUGGAAAUCAUUAUUGAACAGUUUUGACUAGUUUGGAGUGGAUGCUUUAAUCUUUGCAUAAAAAAAUGACACUUCCU